UGCUGGAAGCACUCUGGAGACUGAGUGCCUCAUUCUGAAUGCUGAAUGUUGCUGUUUGCACUUCAACAGUGUUGAAACAGAGUCAGUGUUUUCAGAUUCACUUAACUGCAGCUGUCUCCUGUCCUCUGAUUCUUUGUGUGCAUGUUUCUGUCUCUAUUUUGUUUUUUGUCUGUGCUCUGUGUAGGAAGCUCUUGCACACUAUCGUCGGACGUUGAUUUGGAGGAAGAGUUUUCUCAGAGGUGAGGUGACGGAUGCUCGUACAGUUCCUGCUUUGUUUGAUCUUCAUGAUGGAUGAUGUUCAAUUUGAAUUCACCCGACUGAUUUAAAGACAGAUCAAACCACUCACUACGGAUAUUCAGGGAAAUGAACACCUCACACCAUCAUGGACUGCAUCAUUCGUACCGAAAUCACAGCCAGGGAGCUUUGCCGGUGGGAAAGCCAGCUCAAGGCGAGAGAGGAUCAGCCUCUGGAUGCUAUGAGCAGCUGCUCAUCUCCACAGAGGUCUUCCUCACACUGGGGCUCGUCAGCCUCCUGGAGAACAUUCUGGUGAUCGCUGCUAUUAUCAAGAACAAGAACCUUCAUUCUCCCAUGUACUUCUUUAUCUGCAGUUUGGCCGUAGCAGACUUGUUGGUCAGCGUCUCCAAUGCCUCAGAAACGGUAGUGAUGGCCCUCAUCACGGGGGGCAACCUGACCAAUCGCGAGAGCAUCAUCAAAAACAUGGACAACGUUUUUGACUCUAUGAUUUGCAGCUCUCUGUUGGCCUCCAUUUGGAGUUUGCUGGCCAUCGCGGUGGACCGCUACAUCACCAUCUUCUACGCCUUGCGCUACCACAACAUCAUGACCCAACGGCGGGCGGGCACCAUCAUCACCUGCAUCUGGACCUUCUGCACGGUCUCUGGCGUGCUCUUUAUCGUGUACUCUGAGAGUACCACCGUUCUCAUCUGCCUUAUCAGCAUGUUCUUCACCAUGCUGGCGCUUAUGGCCUCGCUCUACGUCCACAUGUUUCUUCUGGCCCGCUUGCACAUGAAGCGCAUUGCCGCCCUCCCUGGCAACGGCCCUAUCUGGCAGGCGGCAAAUAUGAAAGGGGCCAUCACAAUCACAAUCCUGCUGGGGGUAUUCGUGGUGUGUUGGGCUCCGUUUUUCUUGCACCUCAUCCUCAUGAUCUCCUGCCCCCGGAACCCUUAUUGCAUCUGCUUCAUGUCUCACUUCAACAUGUAUCUCAUCCUCAUUAUGUGCAACUCGGUCAUAGACCCUCUCAUUUAUGCCUUCAGGAGCCAAGAGAUGAGGAAGACCUUCAAGGAGAUCUGCUGCUGCUGGUAUGGACUGACCUCACUGUGUGUAUAAGCAUUUAAUGUUAAGAUACUGAUUGUGAGAUGCUGGGUUGCAAGGCAGCACUAAGCAACCGUUACUGGAUGAUGCUGAGAAUGUGAAAGAUCUAAUUACACUGCAUAGCUUGUGUGAUUAUUCUGCGCACAUUUAUUUGAUACCCAGAGAAAUGUGAUACUAUGGCUGUGAUGAGCAUGAAAAAUGCUAAUGACUCAAAUGUUAAUGACUCAAGGAUUCUUUUAUUCAUUGACAAGCUAUUUUGGUGUUUAUUUAUAUAAAUAUAUAUAUAUACAAGCCUCAUUCAUUUUGCCUGCCAAGUAAGACGUCAAAAAGUCAAAGUGCCAAUAUUUAAAACUGUUAAAUGACAGACAUUCAUGGCACUGUUUGUGUUGUGAUUCAGUGACUCAAGCACAGUAUUUUGGCAACUGUGACUAUGUUCUCUUAGCAGGUUUGUACUUCAAUCAUCCAGCUUGAGAACCAUUGCAGAUUGAUAAAUGUGUUUCAAAUUAAUUUAUUUUUGUAUUUUGUAAGUUAAUUUGAUUUUUGUAACGCCAUCUUAUUGUGCAAAUAAAACAACAUCAA